AUGGACGAGGACUGCAAGAGUGAAGAUCCGAAUGUGCCGCGAGUUUUGCGGGAGGUAGACUUGAAUAAGUUACCGUUGAAGGGAAGCAACAAAGACAAGAAAGGUAAGAAGGAUAAGAAAGACAAAAAGGAUAAAAAGGUUAAAACGGGAAAUAAGGAAAAGAAAGAAAAGGGGAAAGCAAAAUCCAAGACGGCUAGUCAACAAAAGGCUAGCGAAAAUGUGAACAUGUGCAAUUCACAGAAUGAAAGUCUCCCCCAAGGGAAUUGCAACUUUAUCAGUAGUGAGGAAUCUAGAAUAACGAAUGAACUGAAUAAAAGUGCAAACAUGGAUAGUAGCUAUGCUUACGGGUAUAAUACCUGUGCAACAUCUGCUAGUAGUAUUAACGAAGGGAAUAGGGAUAAUUCAGUUCUGCACGAGGUACCGGAUGGUAAAGACAUUUUUGUAAACCCAGCGGUGUGUAAUGUGGAAGGAGCCAAUGGGGUAACACCUUUUAGUGAAGCCUUUAUGAUUCCCAACAUGAAUAAAAUAAUGGAACCUCCUGGUUAUGGACUUUUGAAUAGCUCCCUUGGGGGAAGGAAUGACUUCCCUGAGGAUAUAACGAACGGAGCGAAUAUGAGUAGCAUUAUAAGGGACCGCUACAGUGGAGGGCUGAACAGGAUAGGCAGUGCAAUAAUCCCAGGUGACAGCUGCAAGUACGCUGGAUGUGGCAAUCUCUACAAUGGUACGGGUGCAGCUGAUCGCAGUUUUAACCACGUAAACGGUGUGAAUAGCAUGCACAAUUUGAGCAGUGUGAACUCUCCGAUUGAGCACCAACACAGUGUAUUGAACUCCUGCGCAGGGAAUGUGUAUGAAGGUGUAAGUAGAACCAGCUGCGAUAUGAAAUCUUCCUCAUGGAAAGGUAUGGCCCAAAUGAGCAAUACUAAUAUGGUCGGUUUGACCAUCGGGGAGGAGAUUAGCAUUAGCAAUGCGAAUAGUGCACCCAUGGAAGGUGGUAGCUUCAAGAAGAUGAACACUGGGGACGAUUUAGCCAAUAAGGAAUUCUCCAUAGAACCUGAAAAGCUAUUUGCAAAUAUGAAAAGAUUAAAUGUGGAUGAAAUGGGAAAGGACCAUAAUUUGGUGAGGGAGAAAAACGCUAUGGAAUUGUUCCACUAUGAGAAUUUUACUUUUAAUGAUGGUAUGUAUAAACCUAUUGGUAAGGAUCAUCACGGUAAGUCUGUCUCCAACAAUUGUGGCAUCGCUGCUCCGAUGGCUGCUAUGAUGACCGGAACGAACAACUCUGCCAAUGGUAAUUGCAACAGAAUGAAGAAUAACGUAGGUGUUACUCAACCAGGGAGUAUUGCUACACCCCUGGGGGAUUAUCUCCACCUUGCAGACGCUAUGAGCAAUAACACGAACUAUGAGGAUUUUAGAAAAAUGUCUUCCAGUGUGAAAAGUAACCCAACGAGCGAUUUGAGGAAGUAUAUGCCAACCCCGAUAGGUAGUAACAGUAAUGGGAAUGGGAAAGGAAACUUUUACACCCCCUUUUUGAGUAAUGAUAACCAGCGUGAUAGGGUUUUCAAUGGGGUCGACUUGGAAUGUGCGUCUAAUUAUUUGCCAAAGGAGAAUGUAGAGGAUGGCCUUAACAGUUGUGGGGUGUGUGUGAACGUCAGCAGCGACAGUGCUGUAAUUGAUGAAAACAAAUUUAAUGGCAAAAAUUUAAUCGAAGAGCAAUUGUUGAAUUAUGCUGGGCAUUUGCAACAUGCUAAUCACAUCAGUUACAACCAGAGCGCGUUCGACACGUCCAAUGUGGAACUCCCGAUGGAAGUACAACAGAUGAAGGUAAAAAAGGAUCAGAGUGAAGAUUUGAAGUUCAUUAAGACAGACCGUUCCUUCCUUCGCAAUGGUGAUAACCUGUUCAAGGGAGAUGUGGAUGACGAGCUUCCCGAAUUGGUGAAUAAAAACUUUAAAGGAACAAACGCAUGCGCAGAGCAGAGUGUGCAAAGUGUGAAGCCUGUCUAUAUGGCCACGGACAGCACCAUAUACCCGACCAAUAACGCUGUUAGUAAGAAUAAAAAUGGAAGGGAAGAGGAUGAUGAUUUGGAUGAGAAUGGCCACUACAUUGAUAAUGAAAAUGGGGAUGACUUAAGCCGACGUUGUCCGGAUGGAAUUACGGAUCCGCUUAACUUCGAAAGCGAGGUGCUUAAAAACUGUGAAAGAGAUAUCGGACCUUAUCAUGACGAUGAUGAACUGUAUCUGAAUUUUGACGACCACCUGCAGUUCAGUUAUGAUUAUGAUCUGUUCAGAAAGAACGAGCUGCACCUGAACUUGAAGCAUCUGAACGAGCAUCUCAAUAUGAAGGACGACGAUAUAGGAAAUGUGAAUUAUUUAGGGAAGGUCUCCAAUUUUGAUGGCAAUUUCGCGCAGCUACAUAAUGAUUUAGAUUUUCCGGCCAACCUAAGCAGCAUGAGUAGAAAUAUGUCCUUCCUAAAUUAUGACGAGUUGGAAGAAAAGGACUGGAAGGACGAGCACAUGAAUGAAAUAUUUUCCGCUAAGGGGAGUCCCCACUUGGGUAGCGAUGAUCAUCACUCGUUUUAUGGAAAAGGCACGUUGGGAAGCUCCUUUCACUUCAACCAUGAUAUCAGUAGUAGCGGUUACAACCUCGGUGCAGAGAGGAACUUUGGCCUUAGCGCUUGUAGUACCGUUUUUCCCAGCCCCAUUUAUAGUGAACCCAGAAUUUUUGACGAGAAAUCAAGUUUUGGCGCAACGGUUCAGGGUACAAAUCAGUGCAAUAAUGACGUGGAGAAAAAUAUAAACAAUAAUAAUAUGCUCUUUGUGAAUAACAAUAAUUUAGGUAUAAAUUGGGGGAAUGCCGAUUCGGGGAAAUUUGAAAAGGGUGCACAUGAGGAAAGCACAUGCGGAAGAAAUAACGACACCAUUAAUAGCAACUUUAUUUGCGAGGAAAAUAACGUCUCUAAUAAUGACCACACACUGAUGGAUGACCAUCAUUUGGGGCUGCCGCAUAACGAUCAUUCGCUGGAAAAUAAUAGCACCAACUUGGAGCGCAAUAGGAACAUAAUACACGGCGUUUGUAUAAAUACGACUUGCGCUAGCGCGUGUGAAAGCAUCCCUCCGUGUAGCAAAAGGAAUGGUGCACGCAGAAGAAAUGACCUAGAUGACGAAGUUGGUUCUGCUUUGCAUAGCGACGGAGAGCACAUGGGGAAGCACGCACGCGGUAAUUAUUCCAACGCGAUGACGAAAAAAGGAGCGAACUUGGUCGGUACAAAAUGCGAGACAGUACAUUCCUCUGGUGUAAGUGGAAAAGGUAGCAUGAACAAACAAGGGGUCGCUGAUAGAAUCCUGGAAGACAACACGAAGAGGGCCAGUAGUAAUGCCAAGAGAAAUGAAGAGACUAACCCCGAUGACCAUAUUAGCGGUGAUGCUACAGGCGAGUCGGUAACGGGGAUAUGCGUAAAAAGUUGCAACAACGGUAGUAGUAAUAAAAAGAACAGCGUCAAAGGGGUUGCAAUGGUGCAAAACAGUCAGCCAAGGGAAAGCGCAACGGAUCCGAAAAACGUACGAAAUUUUAACACAAAUAAUCAGGGUAUCAACAUAAGCGGAAUCGAAAAUGUGCAACUAAAGAAUGCCAGUAAUUUUAGCGACGACAGCACCAAUAGUACCAGCAGCAGCAGGAGCGACGCAAGAAACGGAAGCAACAGAAGCAACAGAAGCAAUCGAAGCAAUCGAAGCAGCAGGGACGAUCCCAUCGAUAGUAAUGGCCGAAAUCAAAACAGGACUAACCCCGUCGCAAGUGGGAUGAACAAAAAUGGCAGUCAAAACAGCAGCCUGGUGAACGCAGAACAUAGGAAGAAGCUUAUCUUGCCACCAUACAAUUCCGUGCCGUUAAAUUAUGAGAACAUCAAAAAUGAGAACUUCUCGUUUAAAAGCGAAAUGGUAAAGAAUGACAAGUCGAAAAGUAGUGCCUUCUUAAAUUGCGCUUCUACAAAGUUGGCUAGUACCAAUUCCAAUGGCCACACAGAUAAGGUUUUUAUGAAUAGUACAUUUAACGUGGAUAAAAAGGACAAAAGUCAUGUGCGGAAAUAUUUCGAAACGUGGCUGAACGACCGUAAUAGAAAUUUUAGCAAUAGUAAGUAUAAUAAGGACAAUUUAAUGGGCAACCGAAGCAGCUUCGAUUCGUUCGGAGGUAGAAGUGAUCUGAACAGCUCCAACGGAAUGAAUCCAAGUCGAACUUUUUUGAACUCGUCUAAUUGUACAAACCGUGUUUAUCCUGCGAGCAACGAGAAGAAGGAGUCCUUCCUACGAACUACUAACAACCGGACAGAUAACGCCCGAAGAAUAAAUUUGUUGACAGCUGAAAAGGGCAAAAAAUAUUUGGGCAGCAGUCCCCUUUUCAGCUUUAACAAACAGAAUAUAAGAAGUGGCCACGCUACUAAGGAUGAUCACUUCGGGGCCAUUAGAGGUAGUAUGAGUAGAAAAGCGAAAGACGAUAUGUUCCAUCUGAGAGGCAAAGUGGACAACAUAGGUGCGAAUAACCAAUCGGGCAUGUACCACGGUCGAAUGGAUCCAGGCGAAAAUGUGCAUGGCUGUAUGAAUGAUCAAAAGGUCUAUUUUGAUAUGAAGAACCAGCAGAAUGACAUUUUAAAAAAUGGGACGAAGGUGGAAAACCUUGUUGAUCAGGUGAAUGAUCCUAAUGGCAGAUGCAUCUAUGGAAACGUGAAAAACCAUCACGGGGACGACAAAACCUCCAAUGUUAACCUAAUCGGGAAGAAUGAGAACAUGUUUAGAAAUAUUGAGGAGGAUAUGUAUAAGGAGGCGAAUCGUAUGCAGGGGGGCGAACUGAAGUACGGUCCCUUGAGUGGAGCGCUGCACAACGGAGCUAACAUCGGGGUGGGCACCGCCAACCGACCCAACAAUAACGCUAACAUCUGCGAUAACCUAGUGGAGAGCGAUCACUUGAAUAACUUAAUGGAAAGUAUGAACCGAUUCGAAGACGACGUCGAUUUUAUGCUGGAAGAAAAUGAAGACGUCGAGGGUUAUUGCAAAGCGACCCUGAAAAACGACAAAAUUAUGGAACUGCAAAACAUAAUAAACAGUCUCAGGUUUAAGAACAAGCAGCUGCAAAAGGAACUCACGGAGGUGAAAAAUAUGCAACUGAAAAAAAAGCAAAAUCUUAUAUUAAAUAGUCUAAGUAAUAAAAAUGACGACAUUAGUAGCUACUCAUCUUUUAAGGAAGACACGAAUAACUCCGAUUGUGGCAGUGCAGAAAAUUCGCACAGGUACGUUCAGAACGUUUUAAAUGAUAAGGAGAAGUACAAUUACGACACGAAGAUUUCUAUACAGAAGUUCCAUUUGGCCUAUACAAAUAACUCCAUGGGGAAAUUAAAAAUAGCUGCUCAGAGAGACAUUAGUGGAUCUUUUAUGGGUCCUAAGGGCAUACACGUGAAAACGAUUAAAUCGUCUCUUCACAUUUCAGUGUACAAAAGUGCAAAGGAUGUUUGGUUUCCAGGAUUUGCUGACAGCCACGUAUUUUUAUUAAAAGGAAAUAUUUUUGGUAUUUUAAGAGCAUGUCAAUUGUUGUACCAUUAUGUGAAGUCUAAAAUGUCGUCUUCCAAAUGUUGCAUUUAUUUAGUUGCUCCGUUUGAGUGUGUACAGAAGUUACUGGCCGAUGGAUGCAAACGAAUGGCAAUAAUUAAGGAGGAGUGUGGGGCGGACGUCCGAUUGGGUAAUUUAUACGUACAGGUGCAUGAGGGCUUUACGGAACGCUUAAUGGAGAUACGAGGAAACGAGGUCAAUGUGGACUGUGCGCUGGAGAAGCUGGUCAUUUUUAUGCAGUCCUGCUUUUCAGUUCAGUCCUACGAUUACGAGUUGCUCAAGUACCCUUGCCGAUCGGUGCUUAACUUGCAGUGA